AGAUCACCGAGUGAUUCUGGUGGGAACGGAAAAUCAUGAAGUAUUUUUUUGGAUUUUUUUUGGCGGCCUCGAUAGCUGCUGGCGGUUUUGCAGCAUCAGCUAGUGAAAAUGAGACCCCUGACUUCGAGGUACGUGGAACGAUGGACUGGUAUGGAACUACUGUCGAAAUCAAAGGAACGAUCCCCCCGAGUACUGAGGCUACACCUGUUCAGUUGGCAGAUGUGGACAGUGGGCUGAAGACAAAUCCAGAGGAGAUAUUAAUCAGGAGUCGUCGACUUACUUGUGAUUUUUUUUCAUUCAGUUCUGCACAUGUCACACCAAAUCAUGCUGCAUGUGCUGCAAAAUGCAUGGGAAUGGGACGAAAAGGUGGCAGCUGUCAAGGCAUGAACUGCGUAUGUCGGGAUGACAAGUGGGUUGGCAGAUGAAUAAGUUAAAAUUAAUUUGCAAUUACCCGUUGUAUCGGCACAUCAGUAUUAAUAAUUAAUCGAAAUUAAUGAAUUAUAACUAAUAGCACAAUAAAG